UCGCAUCCUCCCGUCUCGAGGCCAACUGUUCCUACCAAGCGACCAAAACUUACUCUAAACACAUCUUCCUUGCCUUCGACCUUUGGCAAGAGCACGACUGGACUCAGGCUGGAUGCACCCUCAAUAGCCUCUCCCACAGCUAGAAACACCUUUAGCAAUGCCUAUGGAUCACAACAUGUCAUGAGCCCCGAGGCCAUGACCCCUCAUCAGGAUGCACGACCAAAGUCUCGACUGUGUCUGGACACGUCGGUAGCACCUACUCAUCAACAACCUGCACGUUCUUCUUCUACCGACAGCUGCAUGUCAGCCACUUCUGCCACCUCGGCUUCGACCGACUCUUCUAUCUCUUCUAUAUCCACCACAGACUCCUUUGACAAGCCCAUUCCCUACCGUCUGCCUUUCAAUCAUCGCUCUAUCCUGACCAACGGCCCCCAUGGCUGCAUCCGCCGUCGCAAAUCAUUCUCGAGUACUCGACCUAUGUUUCCCUCUCCCAAGAAGGUCUCUUUCCGCGCACCCCUGACCGAAGACAUCCGCAACGAAAUCUACACUCUGGCUCAGUCUGAUGUUGAGUCCGCCUCGUCCUCCACAUCUACUCUAGAGUCAUUACCUUCAGGCAACGGACCCUAUGUUGAGCAACAGCAAAGGCAUAAAAGAGCAGCAGCCCUGCCAAUCAGAACACCUACAUCACCCGCGUGUGGAGACAAACGCGACUCUUCAGAAGACGAAUCAGAUAGUGAUAUCUGCCCUUCGACACCUGUCACAAGGAGGACUAAGAAACCUCGAGAAUGGGUAUGGACCCUGGGACCAAUCAAC